AUAAGUUCUAAACGACCAUAACAGAAUACUAGAAGUUAUUAGACGUAGUAAUCGGAAAAAAAAACAUAGAUAUAUUGGUCAUAACAUAAAAUAUUUAAAUUAAACGUCGUCAAAUUUAAUUGGCGUAGGUACUUAUUCUACAUCAAGACCCGAAAAUAUAUACACACGCGUUAGCAACAUAUGCAGUAGAAUUGAUAACCAUGUGUGAAAAAACCGAACAAAUAAAUAUUAUGGAACAUCAACAGACGUACACGAAAGAAAAUUCGUGUGAUGUGUGUGGCAAAUCGUUUACUCAAAACGUAACUCUGAUAUAUCAUCGGCAAACGCACACGAUGGAGAAGCCAUACCAGUGUGACGUUUGUGGCAAAUCGUUUACUCAAAACGUAACUCUGAUAUAUCAUCGGCAAACGCACACGAUGGAGAAGCCAUACCAGUGUGAUGUGUGUGAUAAAUCAUUUGCUCAAAAUUGUACUCUAAACGAACGCCGUCGAACUCACACGGGAGAAAAGCCAUACCAGUAUGACGUUUGUGGCAAAUCGUUUGCUUAUCGCUAUAGUCUGAUACAUCAUCAGCGAACGCACACGGGGGAGAAGCCAUACCAGUGUGACGUUUGUGGCAAAUCGUUUACUCAAAACGUAACUCUGAUAUAUCAUCGGCAAACGCACACGAUGGAGAAGCCAUACCAGUGUGACGUUUGUGACAAAUCGUUUAAUCAAUACAGUAAUCUGAUACGUCAUCAGCGAACGCACACGGGGGAGAAGCCAUACCAGUGUGACGUUUGUGGCAAAUCGUUUGCUUAUCGCUAUAGUCUGAUACAUCAUCAGCGAACGCACACGGGGGAGAAGCCAUACCAGUGUGACGUUUGUGGCAAAUCGUUUAUUCAAAACAAUAGUCGGAUGCGUCAUCAGCGGACGCACGCGGGAAAGAAGCCAUACCAGUGUGACGUUUGUGGCAAAUGGUUUACUGAAAAAAAUUAUCUGAUAAAUCAUCAGCGAACGCACACGGGGGAGAAGCCAUACCAGUGUGACGUUUGUGACAAAUCGUUUAAUCAAUACAGUAAUCUGAUACGUCAUCAGCGAACGCACACGGGGGAGAAGCCAUACCAGUGUGACGUUUGCGGCAAAUUGUUUACUCAAAACGAUAAUCUGAUACGUCAUCAGCGAACGCACACGGGGGAGAAGCCAUACCAGUGUGACGUUUGUGGCAAAUCGUUUACUCAAAACGUAACUCUGAUAUAUCAUCGGCAAACGCACACGAUGGAGAAGCCAUACCAGUGUGAUGUGUGUGAUAAAUCAUUUGCUCAAAAUUGUACUCUAAACGAACGCCGUCGAACUCACACGGGAGAAAAGCCAUACCAGUAUGACGUUUGUGGCAAAUCGUACUCGUCGUGAUAAUGUGAUAAUUCAUCUGCGAACACACACGGUAGAGAAGCCAUAUCAGUGUGAUAUAAUAUAAAUGACAAAUCGUUCACUCGGAAUAUUCAUCUAUUAGCACGUCAACAAACAACACAUUAACAACUCACACGAGAGCAAUGACGCAAUUAAAAAUUUGUCCCGGAAAGAUAGGUUUUGUCUAAAUAUAUUUAGUUUUUGGGGUGGGAGCUUAUCCACCACCUAUUUUAUGGUGUACGCAAUUUAAGAAUUAUAAUAAAGAGGUUACAUAUUUACCACUC